AUGAGCAUUGAUAGCACCUUGGUCUACACCGAGUGCGGAAGAAAGACUGGGGUGCGAAAAACUCUUGCCGCUGCCGCUGCUGCUACCACCACCACCACCACCUCCUCCUCCUCCUCCUCCUCCUCCUCCAUCAUCAUCAUCAUCAUCGUCAUCAUCACAAUCACCAUGAGGUAUCGAAAGACCUCCGGCGAGCUACCAACAAUGCCAGCCUCAUCGAACUUGCUAUCGCUGUUGCUCAACGGAACUGGCGUGCUCCCUCGUCCUUACGAUGAAGGCUCUGUGAGUCAUUGUGGAGUUACUGGAUAUAUUGCUCGCCCCUCAGUGUAUCCCAACGACUCAGGUGAGGUAUUGAGGAACCUCCGGCGAGCUGCCAACAAUGCAAGCCUCAUCGAGCUUGCCAUCGCUGUCGCCCAACCUGAGCCGACGUGUCCCUCUAUCCUGGCAAUUGUCAAUGCGCAAGGACUGCUCAAGGCCUUGUUGCAAAGCCACUGGAGUUCUUUGGCCGCUUAA